AGAACUGAGAAGUUGGCUCCGAAAGAUUGGCGAAUCGCCUGUAGAACUCGGUCUGGAUUGAGAUGUCGGAUAUCGGGAGUGGUGACGAAGGAAUUUCUAGUCAGAGUAUGUAUUUAUUUACAGUGGUGUAAAGUCCAAGAUACGUGUAAAAAAGGACCUUCGUAACGUCCUUCGCGAUCGCUGUUUUCGUCCGUCAUUAUUUUUGAAAGUGAUUAUUUCAUUGUUCCCGUUUCAAAAUGGCGAAUUCGGAUUUGUAAGGCACCGGGCGUUGAGGCCUCAGCGGGUUUCUGGUGCGGGAUAGCGGAACGGCGGCCGGCGACGAGGCGGUGGUCUGCCCGGCUCGGCGAACGUGAGGUUGACGACCUAUUGAUUUUUCGACUGCGACCUCUCCUCGGCGGGCGGACCGUUGUCUGGUGUCUGCGAGGGCGGCUGCAGGGUCCACGGCGACGCUAAAGCGACCCUCUCGUCGCUGCAGCUGCUUGCAUCAUCAGCUGGCGAGCCGGCAUGAUGGCAGAAUAUCAUGGUCAGGGCAUGGAUGCUGGCGGGAAUAACUUUGACUCCGGUCAACAGUCACAGGAGCAGGAGUUGGCGACGAAGAUGCUGCAGAUACAAUCAAAGAGGUUCUACCUGGACGUGAAACAGAAUCGUCGCGGGAGGUUUAUCAAAGUUGCUGAGAUCGGAGCCGACGGAAGGCGGAGUCAGAUAUUUCUGGCGAUGUCGACGGCUGCCGAGUUUCGCGACCAUUUGUCCUGCUUCAGCGAUUACUACUCCUCCCUGGGACCUCCCAACCCGGACAACGUGCCUGACGAUGGAAAACUCAAGUCUGAAAUGAUGCUAAAGGACAACAGAAGAUACUACCUUGAUCUGAAAGAGAACUCCCGAGGUCGGUUCCUGCGGGUUUCGCAGACGAUAACGCGCGGGGGGCCCCGGAGCCAGAUAGCGUUGCCCGCCCAGGGAAUGAUCGAAUUCCGUGACGCCCUCACCGAUCUUCUGGAUGAUUUCGGAAUCGACGAUGGGGGGUACAAAGGCGAUUUGCCCGAAGGCCGUCACUUGCGUGUUGAUAACAAGAAUUUCUACUUCGACGUGGGCCAGAACAACCGCGGUGUCUACCUGAAAGUCAGCGAGGUUGUACCAUCGUUGCAAGUGAAAAGCAAUUUCCGCACAGCAAUAACAGUGCCAGAGAAGUGUUGGAUUCGAUUCCGCGACAUUAUGGCCGACUACUGUGAUAAAAUGGGACGGGCCCAACUCUCCCCGCAAGAGAUACAUCAGAGCGGCAAUGCAUCUGGCCGGUCUGGAAGCGCGCAGCGCGGUCGUGAUAAUAUGGAACCGUUCGGCGGAAAUGGCGGUAGUCGAAUUUGAUUGGAGCGCAUCGACCACUUCCGGCUCUAGUGUACAUAGCAGCCCUUAGACGUAAGAUGAUGUGAUAAACAUUUGAGCUUUAUUACAUUCGUUACGACACUCGUAGCAACGCCCCCAUGUGACCACGUUGCGCGGCGUCGAAACCACUCUUUUUGUUGUUCGAAAUUCGAAUUGGCUAUUCAAAAUUCGUAAUUCAGACAUUUGUGCGAUGAUACGUUCGUUUGCGAAAAAUGGCAGUUUGCAAUUGGAACUGUUACGUUUUUAUGCUUUUUUGUGCGAAAUUCGUUUGGGAAUUGAAACCGUAUUUUAAGAAUAUGAAAUUGAAAUAAUAGUUCGAAUUGCUCGUGUUUUUUUAGAUUAUCAUGUGUAAAUCAUUUUUUUUUUGGUGUAAAAUUUAAAUCACGUAAGCAAUAUCAAGUUAUUGUCAUUUUAUAACAAUCAACUGAGUGUAAAUUGUUUGUGUUAGUAAAAAGGAUUCACUCGUUUGAUCGCACUCACAGGAGCACUUCCAAUCAAACAUAUUCACUUUUUUUUAAACCAAAUAUUGAGUUAAGCCUUUCUGGUAACCUGAUGUGUUUCUUUGUUUGAAAUGAUAAUGCAGCCACAAAAGCAAUAGGGGAUAAUAGAGUUAAAUUAAUUAAAAUUUAAAUAAUAAAUAAACUUAAAAGCGAUUCUAAAAUUGCACAAGUCUUAAAUAUAAAGAUUAUAAAAUGGACAGCAAUGUAUAAUUUCUUAAAAAAUAAUAGGAAUUGUGUGUAGCCCUUUUUAUCAAUGAAAAUAUUAGUCAAAGUCAAAUGAACUUUAUUCAUUUAGGCUUAAAUCGAGUGCUUUUGAAAACUUCUGAAUAUUUGUGAUAUACGGGGAUGGGUUCCAAAUUUUGUGACAUCACAUUUUUUCAAAAUAUACAUAAAAUAAAAUCAAUCAACCAAUCCUUAAUCUAAGGAUUUAGGUAUAUUUACCGUAAAUUAUAUGAAAGUAGUGACAAUGUUAAAAGUGAAAUGGAAUCUAAAUUAAAUUUAUAAACAAAAUUUAGGAACGAUGCGUGACUCGAACCCGUGACCUCUCGCGUUCCGUGCGAGCGCUCUUCCACUGAGCCAACCGUUCGAGUGUAUUGUUCAUAUUUCUUGUUAUGUCCUGUCUCAGGUUGUGGCUUGAGAGAUUUGAUGCGGGUUCUAGUCCCGCACCUGUCAGCAAUAAUUUGUGUAAUUAAUCCCAGAAGCGAGGGUUAGAACUUUAAAAACUAAUAACAAAAUGGAUGCUAAAAUCAAAGAUUUGCAAAGAAAACUGAAUUUAAAUGGAAAUAAUUUUCUACAUUGCUGUUUUAAUUACUUACAUUUCUAAAUGUAAAAUUGGAAAAAAAAUGUGACAUCACACAAGGGCAUGAAAAUCGUGUGACUUACUGUAUAAAUAGUCCCUGCUGCAUUAUCAUUUCAUUCGAACAUAGAUCUUUCAAUGUGUUUCAAAAUACAAUUCGAACGUGUGUUUCUUUCCUGAAAUCAAACAAUUAUUGGAUAGCUUUAAGGUUUUCGAUUUGCUUAGCUUCGUAGUUCCAGCGUGAAUUGGAACGUGAAAGUAUAAUUUUUUAGCUGUUAAGUUUUCAAAAUGUUUAGCGACGCAAAAGCCAAGCUUUUUUAUCGUUUUGAACGAUUUUUCUAUUGUUUAAAUUUAGUUAGGAACGGAAUUAUAAUUCCGCUUAAAAUAGGCCCUUAAAAAUACUAAUGCCACUUUUUAUAGUUUUUUAGGUAUACCGUUUUUUGUCUGUUUACUUUUUGUAUUCAGAAUUGAAUGAUUUGGGGAUGGUUUAUGCAUUAAAUACAUAUAUAUGCAAGUACUCAUAUAAAUACGUACACAGUACUUUAUAUAUUUAAAAUAUUGUUGGGACUUCGCAGCAGAAAUUGGUCAAGUCCCAAACUGGGUACCAGAAUAAUAGACCAAAUUCACGAAUUAGGUCCACAUAGUUUUUUGUAAUGCAUAUGCCGUACCUCAGGAGUGGGAGACACCGGGUGUUUACAUGGCGAGUAUUACAUCAGCCGCUCUGUCGCUAUUCGCUCUCUAAAAUGUAAAAUCCUUUUAAAAAACAAUAACUGAUACAUUAUUCUAACGUUAAAUAAAAACAGUGAUUUACUAAAAUCGUAAUAAAUAUGAGAAGUCGGUAAAGAAUGGAAAAAUAUAUCGUCAUGUAUCUCGAAAAUUAAACCUUCUAUAACAUACAAAUUAAAUUUGUAACCAAAAUUUACGAACGUGCGGGACUCGAACCCGCACAUCUCAGGUUUUGUCCGAGCGCUCUUACCAACUGAGCCGGCCGUCUGAGUCACGCAUCGAUCGUAAAGCUUGUUCCACUCUCGGUUCUUAAUAAAUACGUAAAAAAAUCUAGGUGGGGGAAUGGCGGUAGGGCGGCGACACUCGAAUUAAGUUAAGAGAUGCAAAGCUGUGAUAUAAUUGGAUAGAUCACUGCGGUUAUUACUUAAUUUGUGACUUGAAAUAAUCCUUAAUCUAGUGCGAAACUCAUAAAUCACUACGAUAUAUUAUUAAAUAUUAAUAUAUAACUUUCAUUGUACGAAUAGAUAAGUCACUGUUACUGUAAUAAUCGCAAGUGUACGGAAUUAGGGUUUUUGAACGCACGGACGUGGCUGUAGACUUAUAAGUUGAACUGUGUAUUGAGAGAAUUUGAUUAAAUUUGAAGAAGCGACACUUCAUGUCACUUUCAAGUAUUGGGGUUAGAGAAAACUAAAGAGAGAUAAGAGAUCAAUAUAUGGUUAUUUCUCUUAUAUUUUCCUCAUUACGCGAUUUAGAUAUAAAAAUUUAUAUUUGGCGAUAUUAUAUGAACGCAUGGGAACGCAUACUUAACGCAUCCUUAACCGUAAUAAUAAAAAAUAAAUUCACAACAACACAACCUGUUUUUAAUCUUGUAGUUGCGCGCUAGCGUACGCACUGCCUUUCGGAAUCGUAGGGCCCACGUAAGGGCGAUUAAAAUAUUGUUUUUUUUUUAAUUAUUACAGUUAAAUAGUUCUACCCGUGUUUUCAUUUAAUGUCACCAAUAAACAGAGUUUCUUUAUAAGAACGUUCAAUACUUUUACGUAUUCAAUUCAAAAUUGUAAAAGUUGACAGCGUGUUGGUGUGAAGUGCCCGCAAGUGCGGGCCGUUUGUGCGGCUGCGUCCGUGCGUUGCGGAUAGGUUUAAGGUUUGUAAGCACCCUGUGGGACGCGUGAUCGAUUAUUUGGGAUUUUGAAAAGCUCUGACAGGAUAGCAACGCUUUUAUUUACUGAUUAUAUUAAAGCAUUCUUAAUGGCCUAUAUUAGGAAAAGUGUGUGCAAUUUUGUCGUACACGUACAAAAAAUACGGAAUGAAUGUCCUUGGCGGGUAUUUCCAUCUCAAUAUUAAGUAACUUCUUUUCUUAUCUUCUUCUCUGUAUUAAGCAAUUUACUACGGCCCAAAUAAUAUGAAAGCUUAGUAGUCAAGAACCCACAAACAAUAUUUAUUUUUUUAACCUUAAAAUAUUUGUUUAAUUGUCAGUACUGUUUUUGUUUUCAAACUUAAACGAUCACCAUAUAGGGAUGGCAAUAAAAUCUCAUAAAUAAAUAAACUUAAUUAUAUCCUAAGAAAUAUAUUUAACACUAUUACAGUUAAAAUGUUAAGAUUUCUUAUAUUUUUGUCUCAAUAAAACUGAAAUAAAGACUUAAGCAGCCAUGACAUAAGCAAACGUUUCAAUGCGACUUGAUUGACAGGAAUGAUAAAAAACCACUA